CAAUCAGACAAUACUUUCUCUCCAGAUAAGAAACCAUCAAAUAUGUGCAAUGAACUCUCCUCUCAAUGUUUCAAUGUUCAGUUGCAAUAUUUGAAGCUUCGAACGCUUGAUUAGUUCGAAAAAUGCGGACUCAAGUUACCAAGUCAAUUGGAUUGACGGUAUUGACAAUAAUUUGGAUUGACAAUAAUAUUGUCACGUGUAAGGGCUGCUUAUAUCUAAAUAUAUACCUAAUUAGAAUAAUUAGAACAUCUGAUUAUGAGUUUCGUGAAUUGUUGCCGACUUUGUUUAGAAGAUUUGAUGGGCGACUAUGAAAUGAGUUUUUAUUGUAUAAAUAGAAGUAAAGUGGACAACGAAUCGCUGCGGGCUUUGAUCGGGGACUGCUUUGGUAUUUUGAUUAAUGACUGUGAAACGGUGACCAAAGUAUGUGAAAAUUGCUUUGAAGACGUACUUUAUAUCUAUAAAGUUCGUAAACGAGUCCUUGAUACGGAUAAUGCAAUUAGGAAGUAUUAUUCGCAAUUAUCUGUGGAACCUGAUAUAGAAUAUUUGGAGUUCAAUAAUGACGAAUCAUAUGAAUUUGAGCAGGAAUCUAAUUUGUCAAUGACCAAUAGUGAAAAAAUUGAUUCAAACGUACAAUGCGUUGAAUCUGUUGAUAGUAAACAAGUUUUUUCUAGUGAGUCGAAUUUUGAAUUUGUGACGACAGAAAACGACAUUAUAGAUCAUCUUUCUAUGUCGUCUAAAAGCAUAACCAUUGAGCAGCAAUCUAAUUCUCAAAAAGAUGAAAACGGAAAAGUAAAUUUGAACCAACAAUGCAUUGAUGAUGAAGAUUUGUCUAACGACUUUGUGGUAAAAGAAGACGAUGAGAGCGACGUUAAGAACGAUUCUAUUUUACUAGAAAAAAACUUUUCAAAUGAUGCAAAAUUAUCUACGAUGAAAAAGGCACGGAAAUUUUCAAAAAACAAUCGCUUAAAAUGUUUCAUUUGCUCUACGGAUUUUGAUACAAUGCAAAAACUGGAUUAUCAUGUAUCGUCACAUAUAGGCUCUGUAUCUUUAAACUGCAGCUUUUGUCAGAUGGAAUUGAAAACAAUACGUCUUCUGAACAAUCAUCUUAGAUUAACACACCACAGCAAAGCCAAACGAUAUCCUUGCGCUGAAUGCGACAAAACCGGAGAGAAGCGAUUCUUUUCAUCUUCAUACGCGUUACAAUACCACAUCAAGCGUAUACAUCAAGGCGUCGUUGUUGUUCCAGAACUAAAGUUUGUGUGUUCCUUUUGUGGCAAAAAGUUUCCUAGAAGAGGAACUUUAAAGGUUCAUGAAAAUAUUCACACUAAAUCUGUUAUAUAUGAGUGUCGCUUCUGUCCAAAUUUCAAAACCACUUCAAAAUCAAGCCGAUUGAGACAUGAACGAACACACACAUUAGAGAGGCCAUCUAAAUGUGACAUAUGCAACGCACGAUUCUCUCAAUCAAGUCAUUUGAAUACUCACAAGCUUGUCUGUCACAGUAACGAACGUCCAUUCAUUUGUGAAUUUUGUGGCCUUGGAUUUAAAAUAAAAUAUACCCUUAAAAAUCACAUGCAUAUUCACUUACCUGAUUUGAUAAAAAGAAGCCCGCAGUUAUCGAAGACAAGGACCGUUCAGGUACAACGGACCAAUAAAAAACGAAAAACAGGCAAAUUCGAGUGCUCUUUUUGUGGAAAAGUAUAUCCUAGCAAAGCAUCCUUGAAAGUUCAUGAAAACAUACAUACCAAAUCCGUAAUAUAUGAGUGUAAUCUCUGUUCAAACUUCAAGUCUACCUCUAGAUCAAGUCUGCUAAGACAUAAACGGAUACAUGCUAUUGAUAAACGCUUCAAAUGUGAUUUAUGCGGGGCACGGUUCGUACAAUCGAAUGGUUUGAAAUUGCACAAAGAUACGCGGCAUAGUGACAAGCGUCCAUUCGUGUGUGAAAUUUGUGGGGAUAAGGCUAGCUUCAAAACCAAAUACACACUUCAAGCGCACAUGCGUUCACACUCUCGCAAGUGUGCAAAAGCUCAGGCUGAAUCAAAAUUAGGUGCGUCGAAACAAACCACUGCAGUACAACGUAAAUGCACAUUUUGUCCAACAGUAUACUACAAAGAUAAAUCAUUGUGCAAACAUAUGUUAGAAAUGCAUCCAACGGAUACUGUACCUAUGAUUCCGUGUAAAUUCGAGGAUGAAUAAGGAGCCAAAAUGAGUUUUCAAAAACCUUCUACUCUUGCUCCAAUACUAAAUUACGGAAACGUAUGUUCUACAGAACUCAAUAAAUGCACUUGAUAAAAAUACCAAAAUUGGAAUCAUUUCAAACAUCCAUUCGAAAAUUGUUUUACUUUAAUAGCAAAAGUACUCUAGCUCACACGGAAUUAAUCUAUCCGCUGGACGCUAAUAACCUAGACCGCUAUAAUCGUUGAUUAGCUAUCUGCAAAAGACAGAAAUAUGCAUUAAAAAAAUUAUUUCAAUCAACUCAGGACUGUCAUUUGUUUCUAAUAUUGGUGCACUCACGGAAUUCUAAAAUGGGUAUUCAGUAGCUAGUGACUCUAGAAAAAAUAAACAACAGUUAAACGUUUUAUAAGGUAAAUU